GGACUCCGGGUAGCUGAAAACGACAUGUAACACAGAUCCAGGACCAGUCAUCUUAACCAAUCCUUGCCCAAUAAUGGAUAUCCAUCUGACCGUGGACCAGCCCACUCAGACUCACUAGGAGUUUACGCCAAGUGGGAUUCAGAUCGGAGGAAAUCGUGCUGGAGCCACAUCCACACUCCACAGCAGCCCACGGCGUGAAAAGGGACGGACGGAAUCAAGUGAAAGCCUGGUAGGAUCCACACAAAGGUUUUCCCGAGAAGCCACCCAUUAGACGCGGCAGACAUUAGGACUCGUCGUGGACAAUUGAUAACCUUUUCUUUCUCUUCCCUGCACUGGUAGCCAGAGUGUUCUUUCUCUCCGAGCCACGUUUAUUCAGAGAGCUAGCGGAAUGUAUUGCUAGCGCGCUAGCUAAGGUUAGCUAGCUAAUUAGCUUGUCAGACAGACAAGAGUCGGACGUGUGGUCGUCACUAAAUUGGGUCAUUUAUUUAGCGGCGUUUGACUUGAUGGAAAAAGCCGCUGUGCUUUAUCCAUUAUCCUGACACAGCCAUUAUGUUCUGCCUUGAGUAGCCUACGCCAAUAAGACAUUAAAUAAUUGCCUGAAUUACAAGAGCCACUUUCGUAUCAUCCAUCCGAAUCCUUCAUUGAGGACAACGAGGACAAGAGAAGAAGGGGAAAAACAGUCCAAUCUUUUUUUUUUUCUUGGGCGAAGACUCUCUGCCGUCCAAUGUUAAUGUCGACCGACGUUGCAUCUAUAAUGCUACCCGUUAAUCGGGGGAUAAUGGACCGAGAAAGAGACAUCGAUACAUCAGCGGUGCCGCAUACAAGCGCUGCCGGAGGUCCGGCGGCGGUCCGGGGGAUGAAGCGAGGGGACCCGGAACCAGACGCUCUUGCAGCCGUUGCUUUGACUGACCUGACCGGGGCGGAGUGCAAGAGACCAAGGAUAGACGGCACUGGGAAUGUUAUUGGCGACAUCGGACAGAACAAUGAGCCUUUAAAUCCUGGUUUCCACGGAUACACACCUCACAAUCAGGGGCCUCAGGAUUCAACAGGAGCACAGGAUGGUUUGGUGGCCCCCGCCUUUACAGCGUUCCCUCCUCCGCCACCUCCCCAGAAUGGCAUAGCUGGGACAGAAUUUGGCCCCGGGGCCAUGUUUGGUGCAGGGGGUCAAGGAACAGCUGAGGUAGGCGCUGGUGCUCAUGAGGACACCACCAGUGACACCAUCGACGACAAUAAUAAGACCGAUGAGACCUCCCAAGGGGAGACGGCUAUACAGUGUGUGACUGGGGGGUCAGCAGCAGGGGGCUCUGGAGGAGAAUCACCGGAGGCCAAAGGAACCCCCAAACGUCUCCACGUUUCAAACAUCCCAUUCCGUUUCCGUGACCCGGACCUCAGACAGAUGUUUGGGCAAUAUGGGAAGAUUCUGGACGUAGAAAUUAUUUUCAAUGAGAGGGGCUCAAAGGGCUUUGGCUUUGUGACAUUUGAGACCAGCGCAGAUGCCGAGAAAGCCCGCGAAAAGCUCCACGGCACAUUGGUGGAAGGUCGUAAGAUUGAGGUGAAUAACGCCACUGCCAGGGUGAUGACUAACAAGAAAAUGGUCAGCCCCUACCCUAAUGGAGAGGCUCUGAGCACGCUACCCUACGCAGGGUGGAAAUUGAGCCCAAUGGUCGGGGCUGUGUACGGACCAGAGCUUUAUGCCGUCCCAGGGUUCCCGUACCCCGCGGCAGCCGCGGCGGCCACGACAGCUGCGGCGGCAGCUGCGUUCCGUGGCGCUCACCUUCGCGGACGGGGCCGGCCUGUCUACAGUGCGGUGCGGGCAGCUGUCCCUCAGGCUGCUAUCCCCGCAUACCCUGGACUAGUGUUUCAGGACUCAGUCCUUAGUCCCAGAUUGCCUCAGGGAGGCUAUCCUGCUGCCGCCGCUGCCGCCGCCGCCGCCGCUGCUUAUCGCUACACUCAGCCCGCGGCUGUAACCGGAGCAACCGCAGCAGCUGCCGCAUACAGUGACAGUUACGGCCGGGUUUACACGACAGAUCCAUACCACGCUUUAGCCCCAGCUGCUGCCGCCUACGGGGUGGGAGCCAUGGCCAGUUUAUACAGGGCGGGAUACAGUCGCUUCGCUCCAUACUAAAGCCACAAAUUACACCCAAGGAAUUUCUUGUCCCUCCAGAAGCCUUUUUUUGAAGCUCUUUGUUCUGCAGACGCACCCUUCCAUCUCUCUGCUGGUGGACUAGAGUGACAACCUCCUCUUUUUAUAUAUAUUUUUUCCUCUCCCUACCGUCCUUUUUUUUCUAUUGGCAAGAGAGAACGUUGCCACAUCAUCAAUUCUCUUCUCUCUGUCUGACAAGGAUCGAAUGAAAAAGCUCUUGGCACAAUUCAUGACCGCUAACUUUUUAGGAACACUAUUGGAUCUGCUGGAAAGAGACUGAUCCCGCUUGAUCCGCCACACGACACUACAUGUUUUUGUUUUUUUUCAAGCUCCUCAGUUAAGCCACUCUCUCAAGUCUCUGUGCACCCACUCCCACAGUGUCCUUUGGUGAUUGAGCUGCCACAAGAACAGCACUGCUAGUAAAAGAGACACUAAAAACACUAGUAUGAAGAAAAGCAACGUCCCUCGGCACUGUGGAACAUGGAAGCUUCUUACUGGCAGUCCAAAAAAAUGCCAGACCAUUACCAACAUGGCUUGCAGUGCUCAAUUUGUGGUGGAAUCCCUAAAACGUCUCCAUUCACCCAAGGGUACAAUGAAAUGUAAUUUUGUUUUGGGCUUCUACGUUACCUCAAUAUUUUGUUUCUCAUGAAUUUUGCUGCCAUACUUAUUUAACAUGCCUUUAUUUCUGGGUCGACAUCAUUUCAACAACACUAAGGGGGAGGAAGAAUGCUCUUUAAGAGAUUUACUAGACAAGACCAGGGGGAAAGCAAACAUCUGCAUUUUGUCCCUCCUCAUGCUGCUGGUCCCAUGAAAGAAAUCAUUUCAACGUUUUCUGGACAUGACAAUGAUUUUUGGAUUGAUAAUGUUUUUGGUUUUCAGCCUAUGAUUUAUUUUAUUUUUUUUAUAGGAGGCCUGGCCAAGUUUGUUCCAUGUAACCCACCUCCAUAUACUCGCACUAUGUUAUUGUUGAUAUUUGCCUUUUUUUGGUUCCAAAGAUUUUUGUUAUUGUUGAAGAAAGCACAUUUUAGACUUGAUAUAUUUCUCUUUCUUUUGUGUGUUUUUUUUGCCUGUACUUGACUAUUAUAUAUUUUUUUAAUCUCUGGGUUUAAAAUGUAUGUUUUUUUUUGUUUUUUUUCCAAGGUUGAAACAGUCCAGUGCUGUCCGCAUGCAAGACAUUUUAAAUGUUUGCAGCACUUUUUGGGAACCUGUGAAUAUUUCUUCACAUGAUGAUAAUUGACUUUUUUUUUUUUCCUCCCCAGCCCUUCAUUCAAACUGUUUUGCUGCAAAUCCGAAACUGACCGAAGUUGGAGUCAUGAGGGACAUUUUGGGAGAUGAUGGGGGUGUUUGGAAUUGCCAAAGCUAGAGGCAAAGGGACAGGACUUGCGUUUUGCAAACAUUGUGCAGAUGGUAAAAGAUUUGAGGUGAGGAUUUCUAAUCCCAUACCUGACAGGACAUCUUUUUUUUUUCCUUUCCGUAAUUGCUCAUGGAGCAGAAACCUGUGAGGAUGUUUUGUAUGAUUGUGACACUGUGUGCUAUAGUGAGUAUUUUUGGUGCGCUCUUAUUUUUAUUAUUAUUAUUUUGUUUGUCUUAUUACUCCUUACAAGUAUUACCACAAGUGUUGCUAUGCAUGCUUUCCUGAGAGAGAACAGAUGUCAGAACUUUUUGCUUUGUGCAUGAAUUCAAAUCUUAGUGCUGGACGACGACAAGAUGGAGGUGCGCGAGCGAGAUGUUUAUUUUAUAGCACGGAGGGAACAACGUUCCAUGAUAGAAGGUGAAGGUGGAAAGUAAGAAAAAGUGGUAUCCGAGCCCAAAGCUGAUUUCAGUCCGCUUUAAUAAUAUGUCUGAUCUCAGUCAAAUGCCUCUGAGGUUGUCACGGUAAUCAGCAGUCAUAUCAGAUAUGUUGAAAGUUUCAUUUUGGGAUUUCCACCACCCUCCGCAUUCCCCCUGUGGGUUUUCUUUUGUAAUGAAUGAUAACAGUGCUGAGGCAGCCCUUCAAAUUUUUGCCUGUCAGUGGGGAAAAAAAAAAAAAGAAAAAAAAUAUGUUGAGUGCACAAAGUGUUCUGUGCUUUUUCUUUGGAGGGGAAUCUUCUUCAAACAGCCCGGGGAGGAAUUUUGAAUGACAGAAGCCAAGUUAACACACAGCCCGGUCCUCAACUCUGACCCCCCUGAGUCCUUGCACUGUGCUUACAUCAAACUGGAUGUUGGAACAUUGCGAGCAGGGAUGAAGGAAAUGCGUGUGAAUUGCAUGUGGCCUUUUUUGUGUAUCACAUGCUAUUUCAAGUUGCAUUUGACAAAAGUGACUUUUUAUUUCACAAUGUGUUCUCUCAUGUUUUAUUUUUGCCAUCCUUGUAUCUGCCUUCUGUUUAUUCUCCAUUAUUAUUGAAUGUAUAUAAUAAACGGUUUGGUUUUUA